GGGAGGAGGGACCGCCAGCUGUAAGGCUGACUCCGGCGGUGACCCUUGGAGAGCGGGGCGUGCUGUCAAGUGAUUUACUGAGGUUUAGGUGCUUCAUUGUCCUUCUGGGUUUUGUUGUUCCCUUUCUCUUGGGUUUCUCGGUGUGAGCCUUUGUGGGGCUGCUGCUCCAAGGGGGGACGGGGUGUUGCAGCGUGGGCUGAGCUGGGAAUUGCCCCAAUUUUGGGGUGGAUGCAGGGACAGGACACCCUGCUCUUCUCUCUGGUGACCAGUGACAGGACCCAGGGAAGGGCUGGAGCUGUGUUGGGGGGAGGUUAGGUUGGAUUUCAGGAAAGGUUCUUCCCCCAGAGGGUGCUGGCACUGCCCAGGCUCCCCAGGGAAUGGUGACAUUCCCAAACCUGCCAGAGCUCCAGGAGUGCUUGGACAGCACUGCCAGGGAUGCUCAGGGUGGGAUUGUUGGGGGUCUGUGCAGGGACAGGAUCUGGAGUCCACGAUCCCUGUGGGUCCCUCCAGCUCAGGGAAUUCUGUGAUUCAGCAGAGCUGCAGCUGUGAUGGAUGAGAUGGUUCAUUAGGGGCAGGAGAUAAUGAGUGUGAGCCACCCUCCGCUCUGCCUUUCCAGCAAGGGCUCCGUGGGCUGGUUUUGGUGGCUGCUGGGCAUCUCAUAUAAACCCCAGCAUUAAAAUCUGGGGUCCUGCUGGGCUUUGCCAGCUCUGUUCACAUCACUCCAGUUGUCACGGGUGCAGUGGGAAGGCAAAGCUGCUUUAAAGUGCCCGAGUGUGGCCGUGCUCUCCAGCACAGGGGACACUCCAGAGCACUGACAUCCCAUGGAGCAGGGGCUUGUGUUUUGGAGGUGGCCACAGGAUGCUGCCCUGCUGGGUAAUUACUGCUAAUUACCAGGCCCUCAUUAGAGUCGAGGCAAUCAAGAGUAGCAGCAAAAGCCAGCUCCUGUCCCUUGGAGCUGAUGACUUUCACGCAGGGCAGGUUGGGAAUAAGAGCAAGGUACCCACAGCCCUGGUUAGUGAUGCAGCCCAUGGGGGCAUCCAGGCAGAGCAUCCCCAAAAUCUCCCUCUUGUGCAGCAGCAAAUGUGAUUUUGUGUUGGUCUAGUGGAAGGUGUCCCUGCCCAUGGGGUUGCCAUGGAGUGGCCUUUAAGGUCCUUUCCAACUCAAGUAUUUCUGGGAUUCUACAAUUCAUACUGUUUACAAACACAACCCUCCCCCCUCAAAAUAGAAGGUAAUUGUGCUAAUUGUGGUGGUUUUGCUUGCUGAUGCCAUUGAUUGACCAGGUAAUCUGUGUCUUCAUUAGCUCCAGGCUAAAGUUGAUAUUGAUUCUGGGCCCUUCAUAUGCGAAGCGGUAAUUGCUAUUUAAGCCUAUAUUGUUCGAGUUAAAUUUAGCUGAGGGUUUAGUCCUGGCAGGCCCCUACAUUGUGUUGUGAAGGUUAUCUGGCUCUCAGGAGGGGGUGGAUUUAAAGGCAGGAAAGAAAUGCCGCUGAAAACUUCCUCUUCUCAUCAUCCCAGAGCGCUCUGCUUCCCCGGGCUGGUCAUAAGGAGAACAGAAAGGAGGAAUAACCUGGUGGUUAUUUAGGUUAUUCUCCUAAAGCUGCACUUCUCGAGCUGGUCAUUCUGGGGGACUCAAUGACGCAAUAAAUCUGAACAAAGUGAUGCUCAGGGUCUGGGGAGCCCCCGCUCAGCUGCUGCCCCCAUUAUCCCGCCCGCCCUGCUGCAUCUCAGCUGCUGGCCCAUCUGGAGCAGGGAUGAAAGGCUGCCCUUUAAUUCGGGCUUUGUGUGCCUCUGCCGUGUCCCCUUCCCUGGCAGCGCUGCCGGAGGUGGCUGUGCUCAGGGCUCUGCCCUCAUUAUCCUGGCUGCCGGGCCAUGCCAGCUCGCCAGCUCCUCAGGUAGGAGGCUCGGGUGGCUUUUUUUCCCCCCUCGGUGGAGGCGCCGCUGAAUAAUUCAGGCGGGAGGAGGCAUCUUGGGUCACCUUGCUGCGUGCCGGAGCCGCCUGCCUAAGAUGGAGGUUGUGCAGGAUCGCGGGCUCGCCGCGCUGCCGGCAGCUCCCUGCGCCCGCUGACUGCAGGUGAGCGUGGCAGGCUAUGGGAUGGAUGAAGCUGAGCAGGACCAGUAUGAAGCUCGCCUCAAGGAGCUCUUUGACAGCUUUGACAGCACGGGCACGGGCUCCCUGGGCCAGGAGGAGCUCACUGACCUCUGCCACAUGCUGCACCUGGAGGAGGUGGCCCCAGCACUGCAGCAGACCCUCCUGCAAGGAAACCUCCUAGGCAGGGUCCACUUUGAUCAGUUUAAAGAAGCACUUAUCCUCAUCUUAUCCAGAACCCUGUCAAAUGAAGAGCACUUCCAAGAGCCAGAUUCCUCCCCGGAGGCACAGCCCAAGUACAUCAAAGGCGGCAAACGCUACGGGCGCCGUUCCCUGCCGGAGUUCCAGGAGUCUGUGGAGGACUUUGCCGAGGUGACGGUCAUCGAGCCGCUGAGCGAGGAGCCACAUCCCGCACACAUCGCUGCCAGCCAGGAGCACUGGAAGACGCGAGGCAGCGAGGAGUACGAGGCCGAGGGGCAGCUGCGAUUCUGGAACCCGGACGACCUGAACGCCUCCCCUGGUGCCUCACCCAGCCCAGACUGGAUCGAGGAGAAGCUGCAGGAGGUGUGUGAGCACCUGGGGAUCACCAGGGAUGGCCACCUGAACAGGAAGAAGCUGGUGUCCAUCUGCGAGCAGUACGGGCUGCACGCGGCGGCCGGCGAGGUGCUUGAAGAGGUGCUCCAUAACCUGGAGCAAGAUGGGACCAUGAGCAUAGAGGACUUCUUUUAUGGCCUGUUGAGAAAUGGGAAAUCUCUGACACCUUCAGCAUCCACCCCUUACCGGCAGCUGAAACGACACCUCUCCAUCCAGUCCUUCGACGAGAGCGGCCGGCGCACCGCCACGCCCUCGGCCAUGCCCAGCACCAUCGGCUUCUCCCUCUUCUCCAGCCUGGAUGAUGGCAUGGGCUACGGCUGCGUGGAGGGGGUCCUGGACUGCUGGCACCAGGAGGGCAUAGAGAACAGCCAGGAGAUCCUCAAGGCUCUGGACUUCAGCCUGGACGGGAAGGUGAGCCUGGCGGAGCUGACGCUGGCGCUGGAGAACGAGCUGCUCAUCACCAAGAACGGCGUGCACCAGGCAGCCCUGGCCAGCUUCAAAACCGAGAUCAGGCACUGGAUGGAGAGGUUUGACCAAGUGGCCAGGGAGAAGGAGAAGCUGCGCUCGGACCUGGAGAAGGCCGAGAAGCUGAAAUCCCUGAUGGCCUCAGAGGUGGACGAUCACCACGCCGCCAUCGAGCGCCGCAACGAGUACAACCUCAGGAAGCUGGACGAGGAGUACAAGGAGAGAAUCGCCGCUCUGAAGAACGAGCUCCGCAGGGAGCGGGAGCAGAUCCUGCAGCAGGCCAACAAGCAGAGGCUGGAGCUGGAGCAGGAGAUUGAGAAGCUGAAAACGGAUGAGAAUUACAUGCGGGACCGCCUGGCCCUGGCCCUGAAGGAGAACAGCCGCCUGGAAAACGAGCUGGUGGAAACGGGAGAAAAACUGGCUGAGUGUGAGAGUGUGGCCAGCAAACUGCAGAGGAACUUGGAAAACGUCCUGGCUGAGAAGUUUGGUGACCUGGAUCCCACCAGCGCGGAGUUUUUCCUGCAGGAGGAGAGGCUGGCCCAGAUGAGGAGCGAGUACGAGCAGCAGUGCAGGGAGCUGCAGGACCAGAUCGAUGAGCUGCACUCGGAGCUGCAGGAGUACCGUGCCCAGGGCAAAGUGCUCAGGCCUUCCCUGAGAAAUUCCCUGUUUGGAGAGCUCGACAUGGACAUGAAGAGUCACGGCAACAGCAGGAUUGAGCCUGACCAAGGACUUGGUUCAGAAGACUGCAACCCAUUAAAUAUGAGCAUAGAGGCAGAAAUGGCCAUUGAGCAGAUGAAGGAGCAACACCACAGGGAUCUGCAUCACCUCAAACAGGAGCUUGAGGACACAGUGAGCCAUUAUGAAAAGCAGCUGGAUGAGACAAAAGCCCAGUGGGAAAAGGAGCAAGAGGAUAUGAGGCAGAAGUAUGCUGAGGAGAUGAAUAUCAUGGAAAAGCAGAUCACUGGCCUUAAAAAUCAAAUAGAGCUGCAGGGAGAGGCAGCAGCGCUCAGGGAGCAGCAGGAAAAGCUCGAGUGUAAAUACAACGAGGAGAAAAACAAAUUGCAGAUGCAUUUCGAUGAGGAGAAAGCCAAUCUGCAGGAACUGUUGAGGCAGGAGCAUGAGGAUGAUGUCAGGGCCAGGCUGGAGCAGGUGAACGAGGAGUUCAGGCAAGAACGGGAGGAGCUGAUCCAAAAGAGUGCCUGGGUGGAAGAGAAGAUGAGAGCUCUGGUGCAGAGCCUGCAGGAGGAGAAGGGGGAGCUGGAACGUGGCUUCCAGGAGCAGGUGAAGAGGCUGGCAGAGGUGCACGCCCUGGAGAAGGAGGAGCUCCAGGAGGAGCUGCUGAGGAAGCACAAGCAGGAGCUGGAGGAGGAAAGGAAAAAAAUGGCAAGUGAGUAUAACAGAAGAGCAUCUCAUGCACAAACUCAGUUUUCUGUGGACACACAAACACUUGUGAAUAAAUAUGAGGAAACCCUCCAGAGUCUGGAAGGACGCUACCAACGGGAGCUGCAGGAACUUGCUGAGCAGCAAAGAGAGGAGAAAUCCCAGUGGGAGUUUGAAAGGGAUGAAAUUGCUCAGGAGGUGGCUGAAGCCCACGAGCAGCUGAAGGAAAGCUUGGCAAGUGAGAGGGCUGUUUCUUCUGCCCUCACCCAGGAGAGGGAUCUCCUGGAGAAAAAUUUCAAGGAGGAGGUGAACAAGCUGGUGUGUGAGAGGGAGCAGCUGGAGAAGGAGCUGCGAGAGCUGAGGAAUGCUGCCCAGGAGCAAGAGGAAAAGAUGAAUGAGAGAAUAAGCCAACUCCAAAAUGACCACAAGAAAGAGCUAAAGGAGAAAGAUGAAUAUAUAUCCACAGUGGAGCAAAAUGGGAAACUGGUUAGGGAAAAGCUGGAGAGACUGGACAGUGAGUAUAAGCGAGAGAAAGAAGAGCUCAAUUCCAAACUCCUUGCUUUGGAGAGUUUAAACAGAGACAUUUGUGAAAGAGCAGAGACAGAAAAGGCUGAGAUGGGUUUGGAAAUCUCAGACCUCUGCAGGAAAAUCCAGAAACUGCAGUGGGAAACACGGAGCUUUUCUGCCCUGCAGAGCCAUUACAGGGUCCUGGAGAGUGAGUAUGCAAAAGCCAAGAGCCAAAUCGCUGCUUUUCCUGGUGCAGCUCCUCUGGGAGAUGACGGGGAUGUUCUCCAAAACCUGCAGAAGGUGCAUGAGCAGGCAGUGAAGGAGAAUGUCAGGAUGGCUGCCCAGAUCCUGAGGCUGCAGCACCGGCUGGAAGCAGCAGAGCAGGAGCUCCUGCAGCCUCCCAGCUGCUCCCACUCUGGCUCAGAAGCAGAGGAACUGGAUCCCAGUUUGGAAGGGUUGCCCAGUGAUUAUCAAGAUGUAGCCAUGGGGGCAGAUUGCAGUGUCCUCCCCCCUCUGGAGGCUGAUACUACAGACCUGGAAGAAAUGUCGGAGAUGGAUUGGGAUUUGGAGGAGGGAUGUGUGAAAGGCAGAGCUGGCGGCCACCCUGAGGCACAGGAGUGUUGGAUCCAGGGAAGUCAAGCAGCUCUGGAUGCUGAUGGCAACCAGGAUUGUGACAAGAACCUUUCUUGGGUGCCUGUGCUGCCGAAAAAGAGAGACCUGGAGAAAGUUCCCAGGCCAAAACCACUACGCAACGAUGUCAAACGGCAGAAGGUUCAUCUGCUAAAUCACAGAACAGCUCCCAAAAAUAAAGGGUUUGUUUCUGAUGCUUUAAAGACGCAGGUGGAGCUGGAGAGGGCUGAAGAACUGAGCGAAGACUCUCUCCUGCUGGAUCACACUCCUGGGGAAGCAGAUGGUGACCUGAAGAGCGUAAUAGCUCAGCUUUGGAAAAAGAUGGAAGAGCUGGAAGACAGAUCCAUGGCACAGGCUGAACUUCUGUCGCUACAAGAAGAAAUUCAGGUAGAAAAUGAGGAUCUGAAAGCUGAAGUGAUGCAGUUAAUUGAGAAAAAUGAAGUGCUGGAAGACAACCUGCGUAGGCUGAGAAGGCUUCAUUGUGAGCGAGAAGAAAGUGAGGUGGAAAGCAUAAAGUUUGAAGAGGAAAACACCAAAUUCCUCAUGGAAGUCAAAGAGUUGGAAGAUGUUAAAGAAUCGGAAGAUGUCCAAGAACAAGAUGCUCAUGGAAACACAGAUAUGCCCAGCGACACGAGAGGCGGGAAGCUGCAAGAACAUCCCAGUGCGUUUACAGCACAGCAGGACAAGAAUUCCCAAAGCCACAGUGGGAAGAGCAGGAAUGAGGGAGCCCAGCCCCAGGAGAAGGAGGAAGCCCUGGGUCCCCCAGAGGAGAGGAAGGCAGUGACCCAGGGCCUGCAGAGCACGUGCACUGAGCUGCAGCAGAAGGUUGACCUGCUGAGGUGUGAGGCCGAGAAGCUCCGGGAGGAGAACGCUGUCCUGAAAAACGAAGUGACUUUAUUAAAUGAGGAGGGGAGCGCUUCCAGCCUGAAACUGAGGGAGCUGAAUGGAUCCAGGGAAGAAAUGAGGCAGAAGAUAGAGGCUGUGAGGAAGGAGAAAGUGGCUGUGCAGAAGAUGGUUGACAACCUGAAAAAGCAGGUGGCAGAUCUGAAGACCAGGAACCAACAGCUGGACUCUGAAAACACAGAACUCAGCCAGAGGAACUCCAAAACACAAGCAGAUGUGCAGGAUCUCAAUCAGCAGCUGGCAAGGGUGCUCGAGCAAAAGGAAAGGGAAGAGGGGAAGUGUACCCUGGAAGAAUGGGAAAAGGAGAGGCUGCUGCUGAAAGAGGAACUGGAAAACUCCAAAAUAGAGUCAUCAAAUAUGGUGUCGUCUUUGGAGAUGGAGGUGUCAAAAAUGAAGGUUCAAGCUCAUCUGCUGGAGCAGGAGAACCACAUCCUCAAGCAGGAGCUGGAGAAGACAAAACAGCUGCCCAGAUGUCCUGAUCUCGCCGACCUUCAAAAUGAAGUUUCAAGUUUAACCACUAGAAAUGAGAAGCUGCAGGAAGAGAAAGAAGCCCUGAGUGAGGAACUGAACAGAUGUAUUGAUAAGGUUGCUCAAGUCAGCUGCUUGGAGAGUGCAGUCAGCAGCUUGAAGCAGGAGCAGAAAUCCUGGGAGCAGCAGAGUCAGGCACUGAAAGCACAGCUCAGCCUCUCCCAGGACAAGGUUCAGAGCCUCAGUGAAACUCUGCAGAGCACCAACCUCCAAAUGUCCCGGCUGAAAUCCGACCUGCAGGUGACACAGCAGGAGAAGGAAACUCUGAAACAAGAGGUGGUGGCAUUGCACAAACAGCUGCAGAGCACCAGUGACAAGAACCGGGUUCUGGAAGGGGCACUGCCUCCCUCAGGGCUGCAGGACCAGCGGGGCCAGAUCCACUGGGAUGAGCUGGAGCAGGAGCAGGAGCAGAGGCUGCUCAGGCAGGACAACGAGAGGCUGCAGAGGGAAGUGCAGAGCACUAGGACAGAGCUGGCUCACUCCAGGGAAAAGAUCCGCCAGCUGGAAUCCACAAUCCUUUCCCUGAAGCACCAAAAGCAUCAAAGCCAGUCAGGGAUUGUCAAAGCCAUAGAGCAGGAGAAGCUGAGCUUGAAGAGGGAGUGUGAACAGCUUCAGAAGGAGUUGUCAUCUGCAAACAGGAAGAUCAGUCAGAUGAAUUCUCUUGAACGUGAACUGGAAACCAGCUCGGAAAACGAAGGGCUAAGAAAAAAGCAAGUCAAGCUGGAUGAUCAGUUAAUGGAGAUGCUCCAGUCCGGGGGGAUGCGUAGCCAGAGCUCCCAGCAGCAAGGCUGUGCCACGGUGCCCAGGGAACAAUUCCUGCAGCUCCACCAGCAGCUGCUCCAGGCGGAGAGGAGGAGUCAGCGCCUCCAGGAAGAGCUGGAGAGCAGACCCUCGGGGACAAACAUGCAGCAGGGGGGUCAUGAGCAGCUUCUAAAAAUGAUGGAAGAGCGGAUGAUGGAUGUGGAGCAGAAAUUAAGGCUUGUGAAGAGGCUUCUCCAAGAUAAAGUAAAUCAGCUGAAAGAACAACUCUCCAAGAACACGAAGGCAGACGUGAUGGUCAAGGAUCUCUACGUGGAGAACGCGCAGCUGCUGAAGGCUCUGGAGGUGACGGAGCAGCGGCAGAAAACUGCAGAGAGAAAAAAUUAUUUACUGGAGGAGAAGAUUGCCAACCUCAACAGGAUCGUGAAGAACUUGGCCUCCCCCUCCUUCAGCCCAGCACCAGAGAUCAGGUCAUAGCAGAGCUGCUCUGUGUCACAGCCCCGCGCACUUUACUGGAAUGGGAAUAUUUCAGCUUCUCACUGCGUUGCCUUUUUUUACUGAAUGAGUUUUAGUUACAAAUGCCUCCCCAGAGAGCACAGAGCCAGUUCCCAAACUGGACACUGCCAAAGGAGAAUUCUGUUGGUUCCCAAGCUGAUUUUCUGCGAAGUUUUGCCUAAAAGUAAUCAUCACUAUGUAAAAAAACCCCAAACUUCUGUUUUUAUAGGUUGAGUUAUUUUGAUGUUUGGCUUCUAUUUAAAAUCCAAAUCCUAAAUUUCCUGUAUGGGAUCAUCUAGAUUGAAGCAAAGGCCUAACGCAAACUCAGAUUGUCAAACUGAAAACUUCACAAUAUUUUCAGCUUUCUAAAAUACUUCAUGCUCCAAACCUAGAAAUGCUGAUGGGUCAGUCUUCAACAAUAGAAAUGUUACUGAAGGCAAGACUUUGCUGCUUUGGGCUGUGCCCUGUAAACUGAUUCUGGUUUCUCUAAAGCAAUUACUCAUUAGGCUUCUGGGUUGUCUUGAUGGCUGUUUCUCUGCAGAGCUCAGAAAGAAGGAGGUGUAUUUAAAAUACAGAACUAGACUACUGCCUCCAACUAAGUGUGACAGUAUUUCAUCUGAAGAAAUUUCCCAGCUCGCAAAUAAAGACUGUUAUUUCUUUUUUCUUUUUUUUUAAAGCUGUGCUGCCAGACAACUCUGAAUUGUAGAGGCCUUACUGUGUUUGUAUAUGGAAAUAAGUUAAACCAAGGAAGAGUCACUCAACAGAAGCAAAGACGGGAGUUUUGUUUCUAUGAUGUGUAAAUUCAGUAAAGCAGUGCAGUGUAUUUAUUAAUCAGCUGGCAGAGGAAUGAAGAGGGGGCACUUGGAUGAUUUUGUCAGUGGGAUCCUGUUGUUGGAAUCCUCAGGAACACGGAGCUUUGCCAGGAAUGCAGCAUUUGCUCUGACCUGAGGAAUCAGCUGGAAAAGUCUUGUCUUUUGUGUUAAUCCUAGUGCAGAAUCUGUAAUUUGUCGUGAAGAAAUGCAUUCAGUGUAAUUAUGAAGAACUCAGGGAAUAACAGCCUAAAUCGGCUUCCUUCACCUAUAAAUGUGGGUAUUAAUGUCAGCAGAGGGAGAUAAACACACCUUAGGGGAAGCAGGAUAAACCAAAUUGGAUUGGGUGGGUAUUUCCUCGGUGCUCCUUACUCAACUUGCAGAGGAUGUUUGGGAUGGGAGGUGGUGCCUCCCCCUGGAUCACAGGAGAAAUGCAAUUUUUUUGGGAACACCUUCAAGACAGAGGGGUUUGACAGAGAAGCAGCUGGGUAAGAGCCUGCCUGCCCAAAGGUGUGUGUGCUAACCUGCCCUGCCUCCCUCGGACCAGUAAGACACAAUUUAACACUCUGAGUCAAACUGGGGACAGGGGCUGUGCUGGAAUACUUGAAACUGGACCUCCUUAAAGUACACGUGAUUGAGGAGGGGGAGGAAGAGGUAUUUUGUCUCAGAGACCACUGGCAAGCUGAUAAUUCUGUCAUGAGCCAAAAGCCCUCCAGAGGCUGGGGUAACACUGCCUGCAAGCUGUGGAGGAACCUGUGGAAAAUGAGUUUUGCUGUGUACUGAUGUGGCUGAGAGGAUAUUCCCCGUGUCUCUGGGGUUACUUAUCAAUUUUGGAGGGUUUGUGGACUGAACUAGGCACAGGAGGUGACCUUUUCCUCCUCCUUUUCCUCCUCCUUUUCCUCCUCCUUUUCCUCCUCCUUUCCCUCCUCCUUUCCCUCCUCCUUUCCCUCCUCCUUUCCCUCCUCCUUUCCCUCCUCCUUUCCCUCCUCCUUUCCCUCCUCCUUUCCCUCCUCCUUUCCCUCCUCCUUUCCCUCCUCCUUUCCCUCCUCCUUUCCCUCCUCCUUUCCCUCCUCCUUUCCCUCCUCCUUUCCCUCCUCCUUUCCCUCCUCCUUUUCCUCUUCCAUUGCUUUGUGCAGGCAACAAAGUGGAAAUGGAAUCAUGGAAGAACAUCAUGUUGGAGUCCUCAUGAGUUAUUUCACUGCUGUGCUCUUCUAAAUGCAUGUAGUGGAGAUUUCUCCAAGCCAUCCCAAAUGGAAGGAUUUACAGAUUUUUCAGAGGCUGCAAAAAUAUGGAAAUGUCAAAUUGAUAGAAAUCUGAGGUUUAAAAAGCUGAAGUAGUGAUUUCUUGUUACUUUUACUGUUUAUCACCAAGUGGUGUGAGUUACAUUUUAAUCUCUGUGUGGGUACCAGGGCUGACUUGGCAAAUUGGGAACUGAGCACACCCUAAACCCAUGCUGUGGAAAUUAGCUAAGUUCCAAAAUAAUUCCAGGAAACAAAAGAAAUAAGGAAUUUGGAAAAAAUAUUAUGGUCCAGUAUCACCGUGGAGGCCUAACCAGGAAAACAGGCUGGAGACACAGAUCUGGGUGCAACAACAGCAGCAGGGCAGAAGACCCGGUUUAUUUACAAAAACCUACUUUUAUACUUUUACUAUGAGGCCUGUGGAUUGGAGGAAGGAAAUCCCACCUCUACAUCACAUUGGUGGAGGGGACUGUCACACAGUCUUGUUUGUCCAGCAGAGAAUGUAAAAACAAUGGCUAUGUUUAUAGAACAUAGCUGAUGUUUACAUUAAAAGAGUGUGAGAAGGUACGAACUUUUCCUUUAAUAUGAACGCUCAGCAAAACCAAGAAAAACUCAUGGCAACAGUCCAGUACAUUUUAAGUCUACUUCAUAUCUUGACCUUGAUUUACUUGUGUCUGUGACCAAAGUCAAAAAGGAAGGAAUGAAUAUUUCACUUCAAUUAUUGUGCAAUUACUUUCAUGUUGCUCAAUUUAAAAGCUGGACUACUUAACUAAUUCUUUUAAUCUCCUGGUAGUUACCAGGCUUUUGUAAACCAAACACAGACAUUGCUAGAGCACAGCACCAAAAAGGGAGAAGCAGAAAUAGGGAAAAGGGACUUUUGGCUUUUCCCUUUCUCUCCUAGCCUACCUUGCUCUACUUCUUUUUCACUAAACUUAAAAAAAAAAAAGGAAAAAAACAAACUACAGAAGAGAGGAGGAGGAAAACGUCCUGUUAGUAAAUACUUUUGAGGCAAAACUCCCAGUUUCACUGGAAGAUUGGUGUGAAUUAAUUCUCAGAAGUGCCUUUUGCCUUCCAGUACUGUAGUGGCUCGGUUGCCACAGGACAAUUCAGGACAAUCCCUUCCCAAAGGGAAAGGCAGAGCUGCUUCCAGACAGGUGCCACGCUGCUCCUUAACUCAUUGUGUCAGCUCAGAAGAGAAGCAGCUGUUCUACAAAGUCCAGGCUACUGAAAAUAAGCAUAGAAACACAUAAUUUAUUAAGCAUUCGGGGUGUUUUGUGCAUGAAUGUGUCUCCUAUGCAGAAUAGGCGAAAACCAAAGUAUUUAAUAUUAUUAUUGCAGUCAAAAAUCACUGAACUUUUAGGCCUUGUUCCUGCAACAGGUCCUGCCACGUCAGAUCUGAACUACUUCAUUACCAGAAGGUGUUUUAAAUGUUUUCAACUCUUACUUUACGAAUCACUGUGAAAAUAAAGGCACAUAGGCAUUUCAGGAUGGGGGUUUUGGAAGGGGACAGACCCCAAGUUAAAUACAGGUGUACAAAAUUCAUGCAGUUGAAGUGCUGCUUGUCAAUUUAGAAUGAUUUAAAAGUCUAUAUUGGGGCAUGUGCCCCAAGAAGUACUUUAAAUACAAGGAAAAUUGAGUUGUUUGAAUUCUGAUGGGGGAAAGAAGAAGGAUUUUAGCAUAUUUGAUUUUAGCCAGAUUAUGUGUUAGGGACAGCAGGGGGGAACAGUCUGGAUUGAUCAAGAGUAAAAUCCUUUUGUUUAAUUCCAGCAAAUGCCAUCCCUGUCACUCAGGUUUUCCAUCACUUACCUGUUCAUUCUCCUGUUCGGUGUCAUUUCAUGACAAAUUUCUGUAUAAAGGAAAACAAAUGUAUAUAUAUUUUUUUCUGUUGUGUUUGUUUUGUUCAUGGGUUAUAUAUUGUCCUUAGAACAUCAUGUAAAACUGAGAGAUGAAGCAACUGACACAUUAUUUAUAAUGAGCAUUAAAAAAUACAUUAAUGUAU